GUAAACGCUAGUGAAUUGGAUAAUUUAAUUAAAAAAUGAAUGAAAAAUGCUUAAAUGACAAUAGAAAUUAUUGAAGUCAAUUGCGUUUUACAAUUAUGAGUAGUAAUGCUAAUGCUAAUGAGUGCAAAUAAGUGAUCUCACAUGCGCGUGUCUGAUAAAUCAACUGGGUGCGCGUUCCCGUAGCAAAUGUCCGUGCGCGCAGCACUAUCUUUUGAUGAAUCUGAGUAACAGCGCGCCAAAUGGGAAGGGAGGAAAGUUUGUAAACAGCUAACGUUGAUUCCGUCGGUUUUGUUAAAAAGUUAUGGCUGGGUGAUGAGCACCUUCUACCUCAAGAAUGUGUAUGCAACGUCAGUAGUGGAUUUGGCGAGGGCCGACUGUUUGAAAUCGAGCUAUGGAGCUAGGAAACAUCUGUGUGUGGCCAAGACUGGAGCCCUUCCUUCUAGGGGCUCUCCAGGUGGCCCCCUCCAACAAGCUGAGCAUGCACUACCUGCGCAAGAUGGCCGCCUAUGUGCAUACGCGCGAUGGCUGCUACCCCAGGCUGGGCUGGUUGAUGUGGCGACACAUCGCCUGCGGCAAGCUGCAGCUGGUGGAGGACCUGGCCUGGCUCUACUUUGAGACCUUUGACCUCCUGGCACAGCACACGCCAGAGGAGAGGCUGGAGUGGGCGGAAGCUCUGUCCCAGUGCUCCUCCCCCAAGGAACUGGAUAAGCAGAGGAGUAAGCUGUCUGUGGACACCCUGCAGUUCCUGCUCUUCCUCUACAUGCAGCAGCUGAACCGCGUCUCCCUGCGGACCUCUCUGAUCGGCGAAGAGUGGCCAAGCCCCCGCUCACGCUCCCCCUCCUCUUCUGACCGCGAGGCCAAGUUCAACUCCCAGAAUAAGAACUGGGAUGACCAGGCGCACCUGACCUUUGUGCAGUCGCACCUGUCGGAGCUGCUGGAGCUCCUGCUGGAGCCGGGGCAGCUGAGCGGCUCGGGACAGGUGCUGCGGGACAGCCAGGUGCCCCUGGAGGCGCUGCACGGCCUCAGCCUGCUGCUGGAGGGCUCCAUGAGCCGUGGACGCUCCGUCCACCCGCUCCACAGGCUGCUCUCGCGGCCCCCACUGCAGGCCCAGGCCGGCUACUCCAAGCUCAGCCGCUCGUUCGGCCUGCAGCAGCUGCAGCAGUGGCUACGCCAGGCGCUCACGCUCAACCCGUUCGGCAUCUCCGCCUGUCUGCGCUCGGGCAAGAAGCUGGCGUGGGCGCAGCAAGUGGAGGGAGCCAUCAAGAGAGCAAAGAUCGCACGCAACACACACAUGGCACCACCUGGCAGCAGGGUGGUCCUGAUGUCUCAGAUCUACAAGCAGACGCUGGCCAAGGACUCUGAGAAGCUGGCGGGGUCAAACAUCAAGCUGCACCGUUGCAGCGAGGCCUUCAUCUACCUGCUGUCCCCUCUCAGGUCUGUAUGUCUGGAUAAGUGUCGGAAUAGCACGGUGGUGCUGGGCCCGGUGGAGUGCAGCGUCCACAUGCAGGGCUGCGAGAACGUCCGGCUGGUGUGCGCCACGGGCCGCCUGGCAGUGGGCUCGUCCUCGCACUGCAACAUCCACCUGCUCACCCCCACCCGGCCCCUGCUCCUGCCCGGCAACGUGGCCCUCACCCUGGGGCCCUUCCACACCCACUACCCCUCCCUGGAGGAUCACAUGGCCAGUGCAGGCCUGGCCGUGGUGCCCAACCUCUGGAACCAGCCUCUGCUGUUGGGCGCCGAGGGCAGCUUGCUUGACGAGGGCUGCUACCGCAUCCUGCCGCCGGCGGAGUUCUGCCCUUUGGUGGUGCCCUUCCAGAUGGAGGGGGACACCUGCGAGGUGCCGGGGGGUCUGCCGCCCGCCUACCAGAAGGCUUUGGAGGGAAGGGAGCAGCGGGUACAGGAUUGGCAGAGGACCGUGAAGGAGGCCCACCUCAACAAGGAGCAGCGGCGUCAGUUCCAGGCCCUGGUGGAGCAGAAGUUCCACGAGUGGCUUUUAGCCACUGGACAGCGUCAGGAGCUGGACAGCCUCAUUCCCCCGGCCGCCGCUGCCCCAGACAGUCCUGCUGGCGGCCGCACUAAUGGAGACCACAGCGGCCAGAGCCUGCGGCCAAACGGGAACAAGCAGAAUGGAUCACUGAGGCAGGGCGCUGGAGAGAAGCCCACAACCGUGAGCUAAGAGACUAGCCGCUACAGCUAACUCAGAGCCAACCAGAGACGGAGACGGAGAGGGAGAAAGAGAAAAAGACUCCUUACAAAACAAGCCCUCUCUUUCCAGGCUAGCCUGGAACAUAAAACAUAACCUUGCAAGCUGUACUGUAUUCCUCCAGACCCAAGAGGACUGCUUUCAAACUCCGUUACGUCCGAAACAAACAGGCGUUCUGUUAUUUCAUGCACCUCCACGUGGCUUUGGGUUUUCUCCAUGAUAUCUGCACAGCAGGCGCACACACAUGAGUAGAUACUCUAGUUUACUUACUUUAGAACCAGGGUUGCAGCUCAGCUUUUGGCAAAGAGCAGCUGAAGUAUGAAAGCAUUCCUCAUUGUGCUAUGGUCAAAGUGAUUAGAUAACCAUAUGUCUUUGAGACAGGGCCUGAGAGAAUCGGUACAAAAGGAACACACAGACAGCAUUCAAUAGAUUGUUGUGCACUUAUGUGGUUCAGGUGAAUAAAAGGCCAUCAAUUGAGCCUCAAGAGAGAGUUAAUAAUGUACUGUCUGUCCUUAGGAUCACUGCUGCACAUCGCACGUUUGUUUAUUUGUUCUUUUUGCCUUUAUUUUU